GAGACCACCAUGGCUGAACAGAAUCAGAAAGCUUUUCAGAAGCAAAACCAUGUUUUUGGUUACAAGAAACUUGCCUUGUAUGCUGGCAAGGGUAAAAAUCUUCGCUAUGUGAAAAAAGUUGGUCUUGGAUUUAGAACCCCUAAAGAAGCUAUUGAGGGAACAUAUAUCGACAAAAAAUGUCCAUUCACUGGAAACGUGAAUAUUCGAGGACGUAUUUUAAUGGGAGUUGUACAGAAGAUGAAGAUGCAGAGAACAAUAGUGGUACGACGAGAUUACAUUCACUAUGUUACUAAAUAUAAACGAUUUGAACGACGGCACAAAAACAUCUCCGUACAUCUGAGUCCUUGUUUUAGGGAUGUAAAGAUCGGUGAUACUGUUACAGUUGGUGAAUGUCGACCUCUCAGUAAAACUGUCAGAUUUAACGUCUUGAAGGUCAUGAAGGCUGCUGGAAGUCGAAAAGAAUUCAUCAAAUUCUAAAAAACAUUAAAAUAAUCUUAAAUUUGU